AUGAAAAAAGUUCAAGAAUUAUCAAAUGAUUUUAUCAACUUACUCAAACUUAAACUAGCAUUACUUGAAGAAUUGCCAUUUGGUGAGAUUGAUAUUAAUGAAUAUUUAGGAAUUAUUGUUACAGAAGAUAAUGAACAUGUUGUUAAUCCAGGAACUAGUUCUGAACGUAAAACUAAUUAUAAAAAAUAUGAAAUAGAAAAAUAUCACCAUGUUAUUACAUUUUAUCAUUGUUUAAUUAUUGUUGUGAUUAUUCCAAUGACAACCAUGCUUAUGUUUAUUGGUACUCACAACCAUCUUCAAUACAUUUAUUUUUAUUAUAAUCAAAUUUAUAUCAUGAUUCAAAAUAUGAUAGUACACAUUUUGUACUCAAUUCUCCUUUAUCUCCAUAUUCAUAUCAUCAAUGUACAUGUUUUAUAUUAA